GGAGAAGCAAUAUGUGGGACCACGCUGGAGGUGUCUUGAUCUUUGAAGAGGUGGGCGGGAAGGUCACAGAUCUGGAAGGAAAGCCAAUCGAUUUCACUACCGGUAGAAAGAUGGCAAAGAAUCAUGGUCUGGUCUGUGCUCCCUCGAGUGUGCAUGCUGAUCUGCUGAAGCUGGUACAACGGAUAAUCAAGGACUACGAGCAAUCCAAUGGUCCUAUUCCGUGGGCAAAAUGAUAGAGCUCCAUGCUACCGCCCACCAUUCACGAUACGACAGUCUCCGAGAGCUAAGACGAAAGCUUCGCCGAUUUCACAAAUGAUAGAUCGUACGCAAUCUGACCGAUGAUAAAUUGUACGCAACCUGGAUCGUUGGCCGACACCAUGAAUAUGUGGCGGACGAUAUUGUCCUACAAACCAUUACUGUCUACAAGGCAAGGAAGAAGCUGUAUACCCACGAUUCAGCAGCAAUUCUAUGUUGAUGAGACUCCCGUGCGAGGCGUUCAGAUACACUUCAUUGACUUGGACAAGCGUCAAGUCACUAAAAUAAUCUGGGAAUUUAAUAACGCUGCUGCUUGUUAUGCCAUUUGCAAAGCCGGCAGUCCAGCUUGUCCUCUGCAAUUCAACUUUACCACCGGCAACGAUGGGCCCGCUCACGAGACUGCGAACCGUCAGGGACUCAAACGCAUCGAGUGAAGCCUACCCUGAUACAAUUAAAAGAGAAAGAAGAGCGGAACCAGAUGCACCAUGCACUGCUCUCGAAGGUAGUCUUGUACAAUAUAGCCGGUUAAUUCCUGGCCUUUCUAAUUC